CCGAAGAACUUCGUUUUCCCUCCAAAUGGAAGCAAAACAUACGUGCAUACACAUUCUAUAGAAUUGAUACACGAAACGUUUAUAACACCCUCGAAAGUUUUUCACACAAAUUUUACUAAUAAUAUAACACAGAUAUAAAUAUGAAAAGCGUGAAAUUAUGAUCGGUGAUGCCUUUUCAUUCCUCGAGCGCGACUCGCUGAUUAGACGCGCUUUAAUCUGCACGUUUUCGCUGAACAUUAAACGUGCCGACGCAAUUUAAAAAGUGUUUGUGACUCGGAUGAAAUGCGGGCGCGAUGAUGUCGGACGUACAAUAACGAUAAGAAAAUCGCGCGGGAGAGUCGGCCCUAGCUCUCGCUGAUACUCGCAGUGUUUUUGGCCUUUACGCGCGACGACGAGCGUCUCGUCGCGCCUUAGCCAGGUGAUUUUACGACCCCAUCGCGAAUCCGAGCACCUCUGUGACGUGUGUUUCAGCCCGUCAAACUGCAGCAGUAUUAUUUGCUCAGCGAUCGUUUGUCAUGGCACAUCGAGCCCGAAUUUCGCAAAUCAAGUGCUCGUGGUUGAUAUCGUUCCAGAAGGUUUCCGUUCUUCAGUCCUGAUCGAGCUUUUUGCGAUCCUCUGUCAUUCAGGCGGAACCAUAAUGUCCGCCAGGUGCAGCUCCUCUCGCAAGCCUUGCUGUUUUUGCAACCUGACGGAGGACAACGAGCUGGAGUACGGCAAAAUCCAUGAAUAUAAUGGAAUUGUCACGCAUUAUUAUUGCCUGCUUCUUUCGUCAAACAUGGAGCAGAGAGGAAAUGACGAUGAGGGUAUACUCGGUUUUUUGACAGAAGAUAUACAGAAGGAAAUUCGCAGAGGAAAGCGAUUGGUAUGCUCAUAUUGCAAAAAGAUUGGUGCUACUUUAGGUUGUUGUAAUACAAGGUGUAAAAAGAUAUUUCAUUUUCCUUGUGGCUUGAAAGCUGGUUCGUUACAUCAAUAUUUUGGUGAAUUUAGAUCAUAUUGUGUAAAUCAUAGACCAAAGCAAACAAUUGAUGAACAUAUUUUAAAGCAGAUUAGCCCAUUAGAUAAUAUAUUAUGUUAUAUCUGUUAUGAAAAGGUAAAUCCUAGUGACUUUGUAGAAACUUUAUGGGCCCCAUGUUGUAAAAAGAAUGCAUUUUUUCAUCGUACAUGUGUUCAGCAACUUGCUACAAGUGCAGGAUAUUUUUUCAAGUGUCCUUUAUGUAAUAAUAAGAUAGAUUUUCGAAAUGCUAUGUUACAAUAUGGGAUUUUUAUUCCGAGUCAGGAUGCAUCAUGGGAAUUGGUACCAAAUGCAUUUGAAGAGCUUUUGUAUAGACAUAAUCAGUGUGAUGCAGUGAAAUGUCUCUGUCCAAAGGGAAGGAAGCAUGUAAGCAGUAAUGCUAAGUGGGAAUUAGCAUUAUGUCAGACUUGUGGAUCGCAAGGUAUUCAUAUGGCAUGUGGGCAUUUAAAAUGGGCCAAUCCUAUAUGGGAAUGCACUGAAUGUACUUCCAUAUUAAAUAACUCUAAAAAUAAUGAAGAAGAAGAAUCCAACAAUAGUUCUGAUCAUCCAAGUAGAGAUUCUGAUUCAGAUUCGAACACUGAUACAGAAAUAUCUGUAGGAGUUGACUUUCCUGUGUCAUAUCAUUCAUCACCCAGCUUUAAUUCUAGUUCAUCUUCGAUAUCCUUAGAUUCGAUCUCGGAGAUUAAAUUACGACCUGGACCACGUUCUUUUAAAUUGCAACAGCAGCUUGAGCAGAAAAUGAAUAAAUGGUUCAAAUCACACAAUGCUCUUAUAAAGGAUGAAGAAGAUGUAAUUACUAUUAAAAAUAGCCAAGAUACCAACACAUCAACACCAAAGAAUGAUGAUAAAGAAAAAUCUUUGACAAGUAAAGAAAAUAAUUCUCAAAAAGAAAAACAGGAGUCUAAUAAGAACGUAACAUCUCAGUCGAUUAAAAAAGAAGCGGAUGUUAUCACAAUCGAGAGCGAUGACGAUAAUGAAGUAGAGAUUAUUGCAUUAUCACAAAGAACAUCUCUUUCAACUCCAUCACAGUUGACAUCUCGUUCAUAUAUACCUCAUGUAUCAUCAUCAAAAGAUACAAGUGACAAUAAGUUAUCGUUAAACACAGUACAGAACUGUUCAAUAACAUCUAAAAGUUUAAAUGCAACAUCAACUAAUUUAUUGGAAAGGAAUAAUGUUUCGCAUAAAUCUGUCGCAUUAAAGCCAGAAAUUUCAAACGAAAAUGAAUCGACUACUGUUUCCAAACAAUUUGAUGUAGCUAGAUCGCAGAAAUCUACGCCAGAUCUGAUUGUUUCAAAUAAUAAUGAUUUAAAUGAUACAGAGGAUAGAAACAAAAGUCCUGUUAUGAAUAUUAAGAUUACUAAUGUUACUUCUCUACCACCCGAAGUGUUCGAAAGUGUGCCUGACGCCACACGCAAUGACAUUGCACUACAUGAAAAUUCCAUCGAUACUUCGUCUCCUUCGACGAGCAAAACGACAAGUAAAACGUUAGAAGAAUUAGUUACGUUUCGCGCGUUUGUUUCACCUCUGAAACGCACGUACGAAAAAGUGAGUAAUUUUGUCAAUAAUUAUAAGAAGUUCAAAGGAAACAAUUUUGAGGAAAAGUUUUGCGAAAAAAAUUCAAUGGCCUGCAAUACUGUAGCAUCUAAAGCAAACGAGCAGCAAAAUGGAAAAAUGUCUCCAAUAAGAACCAAUAAAACUUGUGAAGAUAAAAAUCUCUUGAAAAAUACAUCUGUAAACGAACUUUCCAAUUCGUAUGAUAAUCAAAAAAAUGCUUUGCCUACCAAGUUUAUGUCAUUUCAUGAGACAUUUCACGAUGAAAAAGAUACGAGUCAAGUCGCAGCAAAUAAUUCGGAAGAAAACGCCGCAUUAAUUAGUGUAAAAGAAAAGAAUGAAAAUUUGGUGAAGCCGAUAAGGACAUAUUUACCCAGUAGCAAACGCAAAUAUCAAAAUUAUUCGGAAGACACUUAUUACAGAUUAAUGCCAGAUUCGGUUCUUACAACUAGUCAAGAAGUAAAAAACACAAAUGAAAAUAUAUUCUCUGCACCAUCAAGCAACAUUGUGCCAACAGUGAUGAAUAAUAACAUUGUGAUUAAUCAGCCUCGCACUAUCAUUUUAAAUCAAUCGAUAAAUACAACUGUGCCCAUUGUUGUAAAUGGUAAUCAGAUAGAAAUGUUAAAUACCGAGAAAACUGCCCUAAUGGAGGAAAAAUUAUUUACUAAUGUAUCCAGUCCUGGCGAUAAUUCUUCAAACAACAUAUUCUGUGACGGGGAUGCAGGCACCUGUCUUGCUGAAUUUGACUCAACUAGGCAAAAGAAGACAAAUCCAUCAAGUGAAUCCUGUGGGAGGAUGGACAGCGACGUCGAAUCGCAGAAUUCAGCCUCAACCCGCAGCGUCUUCCCCCGAGUCACAAACAACCACAGUACCUGUCAUCAACCUAGAUUAAUCCCACAGUAUAUGAAUUUACACGAUCUUAAGUUUCGAAUUUGCAAACCAGAUAAUAUUCAGAUGAUUUUGUAUGAUACGUUCUCUGUAAAUAUCCCGGUGAAUAAUUCCAAAGAAAGUAAGAUUCGAACGGCGAAUGGAGCUUCGCAACGGGAACUGAAAGAAUUGUUCUAUCACGCGAAGAAUUGUUCUAGUGCACGAGAUGAAGCUUCGUCCAGUGCAGAGUACAUGGAUAUUCAAGCUGCGGAACAACGCUUCAAGUUUUCUUGCUCUUCGAAAAAUGAGAAUUUGAUUAAUGAUAAAACAAAGUAUAUAGUACGUGGUAAGGACGAUGCAAAAGAGAAUUUAGAUCCCGUUAGAUCAAAAAUGCUUUCGCGUAACAACAUAUUUGAUAAUAAUUUAGUGAAUGAUAUUGAUGAUACAAUGACUGUCCAGGAUUCUUUCUGCGGUGAGACUGACAAUGAGACGCGUCUCGUUUCAAGUGAUACUAAUUUAAGCACAUUAAACAAAACAAUUUGUAAUAGAAAUAUGGAGGAUAAUGUAACAGAUAACGUAGCGUUUGUUUCGAAUGAUCGUAACCAAAUUUUGCAAGCUAAUUGGGAAGAUAUACAGCAACAUAAACAAGUAUACGAUAUAGUGACGCCUAUAGAAGAGAGAACUGCGCGAUCGUUUUAUAAAGAAACUAACAGAAUAGUACACAAUGAUUUUGAUUUCAAUAUUGUUAAAACGAAUAAAAACAUUGAAAAAAUAUUAGAGAAUGAUAUCACUAUUUCUACAAAUCGACACAAUAGGGAUAGCAAUAGGAAAAUUGGCAACGAUCAUACGGAUGAUUCUCAAGCGACGUUACGGAAUAGUUAUAAACAUUUAGAAUUAGAUAGUAUGAAUGUUAUGAGACCAAAAGUUCAAAGUUUGAGUGCCACUCGUGUUUCGAAUAUUUUGUUUAACGAACAUAGUAUUCUAAAUAAGCAGAUUGAUGCCUCCGACUCUGUAAAGUUUAUUCGGCAAUGCUUGGUAAUUGAUGACAGUUUCAAAUGCAAUAACAGCGAGUCUGGUCUUAAAGUUAGUAUAGAUUUACAUAAAAUACAAAAUUUAAUUGACUCGAAACCAGAAUUGUUUGUAAAUAAACGGAUAUGGAAUAUGCAUUAGCAACAUAAAUGCAACAUAAAGUCAAUUAUAACCAAGGAAACUACUCAACAACAGGUAAGAUAUAAUAUUGAGAACAGUGAUAUUAAUCACUAUCCACUAAAAAGUAAAACUAUCAGGAAAUUGUAUAAAUAAUAUGAAAUAAAUGAAAUAUAUUGUUCCUGGCAUGAGAUAUAACAUUUAUACGAAAUAAGAAGCCAAAACGUGGAAUUAGAUAUUUUGAAUAUAUAAAGAGUGGAGAGAAUACUCUGUAUGAUAAAAAUGUACAAAUAACAAAGUAGAAAAAAUUAAUCAUAUUUGCUAAUAU